AUGACCGACAAGAUCGAAAUCACUCCUCGCACAGGCACCGCCUUUACACUGAACAAGGGACAGCGCUUGACCGUCAUUGAUCCAAAGGGCGUCCAGGUCUCCGACCUUGUAGCCUUCAACCGUCAUGACCCCGAGGAGGUCAUCAGCAACGGCAGAACGCUCGACUACGCAAGCAGAAUAUACCUUACUACUGGAGACCCGCUCUACUCCAAUCGCAGCAAUGUCAUGCUCAAAAUCGUAGCCGACAACUCUCCAGGCAAACACGAUUUCUUGUUGACGCCUUGCUCGAAAGACACCUUUCGCAUCAUCUAUGGCGACAAAGAGCCGCACCAAGGUUGCUUUGGUAACAUAGCCGGUGCCAUCGAACCCUUCGGCAUCUCAUCCGACCGCAUACCGUGCGCCUUCAACUGUUUCAUGAACGUCACAGUAGAUUCGAAUUCAGGCGAGCUCAAGGUCCUGCCGCCCAUCACGAAGGCGGGAGACAGCAUCGAAUUCGUGGCAGAAAUGGACCUGAUCGUCGCACUGACUGCGUGUUCCGCGCUGCAGUCCAAUGGCGGGUCGUUCAAGCCAAUCCAAUACAAAAUCAGUGAUUGA